UUGAUCAACCAAAAUGAAUACCUCGUGUUCGUUAUUUGUAACCUUAAUAUUAUUAUCAUACAUAAAAAAUUGUGAAGGUUUAUGUAAAAAUGUGAAAAAUGUCAUCUGCAAGUCCGUCAGUGAAAUUUCUCGACAAGUUAUAAGUAAAAUACCAAACAUAAAGAAAGUGACACGUUUAGAGGUUGUAUUCAAUACUGAGUUGGAAAUACGCCCAAGAUCAUUUGAAUCUGCUGUAGAACUACAGUGGCUUGUAAUUAAUAGCAACAAUUUUUACCAGAUAUACAGGGACACUUUUAAGGACCUCCCGUUAAUACAUUUGCAUUUAGAAUACAACGAAAUUAACACUAUUGAGCCUGGAGCGUUUUAUAACUUAUCUUCCCUUCAAAAGAUACGAUUGGAAUAUAACAAUUUAGAAACAAUUCCAAUAGGAGUGUUUAAGAAUCUACCAAUACAGGAAUUGGCGUUAUCUAAAAACAAAAUACACACCAUAGAAAACAUGGCACUAGAAGACCUGCCAAAUCUGAAGAGGCUUUUUUUAAAUGAGAACAAGCUGCAGUCGAUAUGUAUCCAAGAUGUUUUAACGCACCCUUAAAGGAUCCAAAA